AUGCGUGGCGAUCUCUCUCUGAUCCUUGCUCUCUCUACAUGCCUCUCCAUAACAGCUGCUCUCCCCCAACGGGCGCUAGUUCUCCGAGGAUCCCCGGUAAACGACCACAAGAAACCCAAAUACUCUGUUGUGCCUCUCGAGCCAGGAGAAGGAGAUCCGCCGGGCGGAGGUGGUGGAGGAAAUAAUGGCGGCGGAGGAGGUGGUGGUACCGUCACGGUGAUUGAGACUGUUGUCGAGACCAAAACUCCUGCUAAGACGGUCACCGAGACUGCAAAGGCCUCAACCGUCACCCGCACGGUCCCGACGACGGUGUCGAUUGUCGACAUAACGGCA